AUGUAUGAUGCUGAAAUUAAUCUGGAGAUGGCGCUGAAACCAGAAGAUGCACAGCUGGUAUAUUUGCUGCUUGGUGUCCUGGAAUUUUUCGGCUCAGACCUCCCUGUCUCCAAGCAGGCGGCUGAGUCAGAAGCGAAGGCGCGAUGGCCGAGGGCGACUGAUUCAAGAGAAGAGAUCGAGCGUAUACGCAACUUCUUUGACGACUUUUGUGUUGAGAUAGGGCUGAUAGAACUGGGCCUGAAGUCUUAUUACGCCACGAAUCCGUCGGGUACCUCAGUUGAGCUAAGCAGCACGGCCGAACGAAUGUUGGAGUUUCUUGAAUCUUUGCUCAAAACGGACCUCGCACCCUCUGCCGACCUGAGUGCAGAUCUGCAAAAGAAGUCUUCGGAGCGCUUCUACAAGAUCAAGAGGCUUCGACAGCUGGUGGUCUCAGCGAAUCGACUAGGCCGUACCUUUGCUGACAUCGACGGGCUGUAUUGUGGUGGGUCUGUUCAGUUCAGCAUCGAGCACAGAGAUGCCAAGCGAUCACUAGAAGUCCUCCAGAGAUGCAGAUCGGUCAUCUGUGACUCCUUUCAAGGUAUCAAUAGGCCGAUAACGUCGAAUGAGAAAGACCAAUCAGCCGAGCAUGCUGGUAGCGGGAGUCAGGAGCGCUUUUGGGAAGAAGAAACACAAAUUCGUUUCAUCGAACUCAAAGCAUAUUCACGGCUUGUCAGCCGCUCUUCUGCACAAGUUUCAGUUGACAUACACCCGCCUCAAGCCAUGAUCUGUGUCUGUCAAGAGUCCAACUCGUCGAGCACUAAUACGCUAGCCUUUCUGCGGCCGUGCAGCGACGGGAAUGUGCACUGGCUGCUUUACGAUAUUUCUCUAUUGGAACAGACUCCUAAGUCUUUCAGGUUCCUAGCCCCAGCAGUUUUACCAGUUUUACCAGUUUUCGACACAAUAAACCAGAUUAUAGAGAUGGAGGAAAAUAUAUGGAGCUAUACAACGGUAGAUUCUCUGUCUUUUAAAUCUGGAUCAGACCAAUUUACUCUGGCUAAACGACCCUCACGCAAAGUCAAAUCUUAUGUGUCAUUACGUUCGCUUUUGGAAGACCAAAAGCUAUCCUCAAGGGAGAGGAUCUUAUUAGCAGCACCAUUAGCCGAGUUCAUUUUGCAAUCGGGCACCUUCUGGCUUGAAUCUCGUCGCCUGAGGUUCAUUGACUGCUUCUUGCUCCCAAUUGUUGGCAGCGAAGAGAGCCAUACUGAGGUAGACAUAAGCCGACCAUUCUUUGCGAUCUCUUCCACUGAAUCAUCCGCAUACCUAGAUGACAACGGUUGGAAGGACUUUUUCCACACCCACCCUUUCAUCUUGGAUCUCGGUGUGCUACUCCUGGAACUCGAGUAUAAUGUCGUAAUAGGCACCAUGAGCAGCGGCGGCCGGUCAGGAAACAUAUAUGAUGACUAUGCAACCGCAUGGGAAAUGAUAGAGAGCCCAGUCUUUAAACGAAAGGUAGCCAGAAGCCACCAAUCUGCUAUUGCGGCAUGCCUCCGGUGCGAUUUUCUCCCGGUCGAUACUCACCCUUACGAUGAGGAGUUUGGAAACCUAGUCCAUGACUACAUUCUGCAACCUUUAAAGCUUCAGGAGUACCUCGAUAUCAUUGAGAAACCCAUUGAAGAGCUGGGCGAAAGCGAUUCCGAAACUGCCACCACUGAAGAGAGAAUUUUUGGUCAAGAAGUCGCGCCCCCAGGCAGGGGACCUCAAAAUCGAUGGAGACAGCUGGGGGCUGUGUUAAACGAGAGACUUCAGGUGUUAGACGAACCGGAUGACGAGGUUCGAAAUACGUCGGCGAGUUACGCGAACGAUUGGAUGAAAAGACUAGGAGUCUACCAUGACCAGAUCAUGGAUUCUCUAGUUGACACUAUCGAGGCCUCUGAGGCAGAUGGACUGCCAGAGGAGGAGCGCAUUAAGCGUACCAAGGUUGCCGUGAUUGACACGGGCAUAUGCUGGAAUAACCCGUUUAUCAACGGAGCACGGCAUCGCAUCAAAGAGACGCGCAACUGGAUACCUGAUAACUCGGGGCUAGUAGACAGCUUCGACGUCGAAGACAAGGUGGGACAUGGCACUCAAACCACGGAGCUGUUGUUGGCAGUGGCCCCAGGUGUUGAAGUAUGCAUCGCUCGCGUUUCAGAAGACGGAUUACUUGAUAAUGAGAACUAUAUAGCCGAGGCUAUUACCUGGGCAGUUCGGGACUGCCAGGCUGAUAUCGUUUCCAUGUCGUUUGGCUUAGAAGAUCGGAGUGAUGUAGUGCUGGAUGCAAUACUAGCGGCCUACAAGGAGAGAAAGAUUCUGCUCGCUGCGGCAUCCAACGGUGGCGGGAACGACGGUAUUGCUUUCCCGGCUAACCAGAGGGAGGUCAUCUGCGUGUUUGCUACGGACGGUAAAGGGAACCCGUCUCCCUUCAACCCUACUUUUACCUCUGAGAUGGAUGAUGGCUCGUAUUUUAGUACUCUUGGGGAAGCAGUCGAAGUGCACCAGCUUCCCGAGCCGGGCAGGGCUGCGUGUGCUAAGAUUCGUAAGUCCGGCACUUCAUUUGCUACGCCUAUCGCAGCCGGUAUUGUGGCAAACCUGCUCGAUUAUGCCAAAGCCAAGAAGAACAUUGGGGAAGAGAAUCUUAGACGGCUUCAUAGCUUCUCGGGAAUGAUAUCAGUAUUGAAGCUCCUGGCACCCAAGAAGAGAGGUGGACAUAACUACAUAUGUCCUUGGAUGUUAUGGGAAGACAAGUCAGCCAAGACGAGAGAGCGGUAUGCAGAUAUUAUCAGAUCCAAGAUCUUGAUCCAGCUCAAUUCCUGA